GACAUGAUACUUUUUGAAGGAUUUGAGAGUUGAGAGUUGAGAGUUGAGAGCUUGAGAACAUGAGCCAGCAAAAUUAGAGUUGAAUGAUUAUCAUCAAAUUUGCAAUUUUCCAUUCCAUUACGCACCGUCUUGAAAUUCCCGGGGUUCAAACAUCAAAGAAUGGGUUUUGAUUUGAAAGAUUUUAAGCCCAUUUUCGGCGAAGCAAAACCGGAGUUAAAACAUUCUUCUACCUCAAAUGGCGGCGGAGUUGAGGAGUUAAACAACACAUAUAUAUACAGGGUAUUUGCAGAUAAUAGUCGAUCUCACCUUGUUUUUCAUGUCACUAAUUUUCGUACCUACACUUGGGAAGGUCGUCGCUCUCUUCACCAACUCGAUGACUUGAGGGAUAGCAUAGGCGUUGGUGGUUCAUGGUCUGAGUUUAUAAAUUAUGUAACUUCUUCUCUAAAAGCAAAAGAUGUGAAGAUUGUUUUGGAUUGGCAGCCUAAAUUAAAAGCUGCAUCUGCUAAAUUGGUUGCUCGGAAAGCAAAAGGCUUGCCCCUAAUGUCGAUUUCACUUACUAAGCUUGGACCUGCUGCUGCGGAUGAAGCUGUGGCAAAUUUAUCAUUGGAGCUCUAUAAAGCCUAUGAUAUCCUGCAAAAUUUAUUUGAAAAAGAGCAAGAGAACUGCAGUCAAAUAACCCAACUGGGAUUUGCAGAAAAGGGGAAGAGGCAAAUGAUCAAAAGGAAAGCAUCUGAGACUGGAAAUAUAGCUUCUCUAAACUCUGACAUUUCAUCUGUCACUGCUGCACUGAACUCUUUAGUUUUCCUUGUGGAGCUGUACUGCACUCAACUAGUUUGCUACACAUUUAGUACCUUUUGCAGUCUGAACCUUCUUUAGUAGCAGCCUUUAUUUGUGAGGCAUGACUCACCUUGGCAUCUGGUAAUUUCUUAUUGUUAACGUUGGAGUUGUAUCCAGAUUGCUGAUUAUCUUAGGAGAAAACAGAUGUCCAGGGACAAACUUUUGUUUGACCACCUCCACGUCCCCUUCCCAAACAAAAAACAAGGAAAUGGAGAGAAAUUAAUUUUCAAGAGAAAAUUAUUUGAAUCUUCGCUAUAAUUGACCAUCUAUUUUGUUAAAAUGAAGCGCUAUUACCCAAUUACACUGGAGCGGAUAAUUUUGCUACCCUAAUUGUUACUUCAGCCUGAAAACUACUUUAGGGAACAAAAAAUGACUUGCU